CACCUCACACGCAUGUUGUUGACACACACACACGCCUUCAGAUGCGACCUGAAGCGGCGCAGACUAAAGACGCACGUCUACGCGCUCCGCGGAUCUCAGGGAAAACCGACAUUAAAACACACGACAACCCGCAGCUCUCGUCUCUCUCCCUGGAGUUUGCCCCCCUUCGUCCCUUCACUUGUCAGUCAACCCGUGGAGUCGUCGUCGACAGAGGAGCCCCCCGCCUCAGACCGCCCAAUGACGUCCGAGCGCCGCCCGCUGGCCCCCAGCGACCUGCAGUCCCAAGCCCCUCAGCGACCAGAGCGCUACCUCCAGGUCGGAGACCCCCUGCCGGACCUGCUGCCCGCCUCCAGCGGACACCGCGGCGGCGGUCCCCCGGACCCCAAACCCCCGUCCCGGGACGGCGGCGACACCGGGGGGAGCCGGCCCCCGUCGACCGGGUCGGAGGGGGAGGAGGAGGAGCGGGCCGAGGACACGCCGGACAUCCUGGAGGUUGCGGUGCCCCCGCAUUCCCCCCGUUCCCGGGGGCAACGGCCGCGCCCCGACGACCACGGGUGUGUGAAGGCGGAGAAGGAGUGUGUGUUGGUGGAGGAGGUGCUAGUGGAGGAGGAGGAGGAGGAGGAGGAGGAGGAGGUGGUGCGCGUGUGUGAAGAGCCCUCGUACGAGAAUCCGGAAGCUUCCGGUCCUUCAGACGGAACGCCGGUCCAGCGCCGGGAGCGGCAGGAAAGGCCCGCCUCCCCGGCCCCCUGCCCGGAGGAGCGGAGGCCCCUGAGCCCCCACCACCUCCCCGAGACCCCCGACAGCUCGGACCGCUCCGCCCCGUCCUCGGACGCCGAGAGCGACGCCGAUGAGGAGGAGGGCGCCUUAGAGCAGGAGCGCCCGAAGCCACUCGCUGCUCCUCAAGAGGAGGAGGAGGAGGAGGAGGAGGAGGAGGUAGAGGAAGAGGAAGAGGGGCACGGCUCGCCUCAGACCAACCAGGCCACUUCCGUCAGCCCCCUCGGUGGUCGCCACGGAGAUGACGACGACGACGACGACGACGACGACGACGACGACGAAGACAGCCUGGGCAGCACGCCGGAGACCACCCUGACCGAGGUGUCGUCCGCGUCCACCUCGGUGGCGUCCUCGCUCCCCGUCGCCACGCAGACCACGUGCCUCAGCUACGCAGACCCCUCGCCGCUGUCCCGCCGCCACGGUUCCCGGGACCACCCGACCCCGCCCCAGCCCAGCCUGGGCUGGGGCUCCGCCGACGGGAUCGGCUCCCUGGACGGGGACGAGGGGGGGCCCGACGAGAUGGACGGACGGCUGGAAGCCGCCGGUGAACCGGCGCCGGAAAGCGGACGGGAGGUUCCCGAAACGGCCGGCGUUCCGGAUCCGACGCCGCCGGCCCCGUGCGCGAACUCCGAAUCCAGAUCGCCGUGGGAGGAAGACGGCGGGAAGGAAGAGGCGUGGCCCGAGGAGCGUGAGGCCCUCGACGGUCACGUGAGAGACGGGGGCCCCGCCGCACCCCUUGAUACGACGGGGUGCUCCACCGUCCCGCCCCCUCCACCCCCCGCCCCCCAGACGGCGUUGGGACUGGUCGACGCCGGUCUGGGCUUGAAGACGGACGUUGAGCCAUCCGAGGGCGGAGCCAGAGGUCAGCUGACCCCCACGGGGGCGGAGCAUCAGGAGCCGGGCCUGAAGGAGCAGGAGAGGACGGAGGUGGAGCCGGCGGCACCUGCCGCCGCCGCCACCGCCGCCGCCACCGCCGCCGGGGGUCCGGUGAGUGUCCCAGACCCCGGACCCGGACCCGGGGUGGCGGAAGAGGUGCUCUCUCAGGGGCCCCAGACCCCCGAGGCGGAGAGCGGCCCCGUGACCCUCAUGACGGCCGAGGCGUUCGUCUUCACGCCGCGCCGCAGCGCCCCGUCGGAGAGCAGCGGCGGGGGGGAGGGGCCCGCGGGCCCGUACGGCCAGGGGGCGGAGCCUGUGUUCUCCGAGACCCCCCCCGACUCGGGCUUCCUGGACAUGGCGGCGGAGCACCGCUUCUGCGUCGCCCAGGGCAACGGCGCCGGCGACGGCGGCCUGUACGUCGGCUACAACGGCGACGCCUUCCGUCGCCACGACGACGGAAACGCCUUCCGUCGCCACGACGACGCCUUCCCGACCCCAGAGGACGGGAGCCUCCUGCCGCAGGUGGACCCGACGCAGGUCGACGCCUACGCCUCCACGCCGUCCUACGAGAUCCACUUCCUGCCGGCGGCGGCGGGGCGGGGUUUCCCUGGUAGCGGCGAGGACGCAGAGGGGGAGGGGGGCAUGAGGGAGAUGGUGUCGGUGCUGCUGGCCGAGGACGCCGACCCCUCCUCCCCCUCCUCCCCCCUGAACGCCGGAAGGCCCCGCCUCUACCCGGACCCCUGGCUGAAGCUGGGCCCCGGGGGCGGGGGCGGGUGGGCCUCGGGCGUGGCCGACGGGGACUCCCCCUGCGGGCUGGGCGGGGCCGGCGGCGAGCCGGAGCUCGUCCCCGUGGCGGUGACGGAGCUGCAGCCCUCCAUGGCCAUGCUGGGGGCGUACCCCUACAGCACCCUGAUGCCCCAGGGGUCCUGCCUCUGGGACUGGCACACGCAGUACCCCCCGCCCGAGCUCGCCGCCGGACUGAACCCCAACGCAGAGGUGUGGACGGACCAGACCUUCGGCCUGGCCGACCCCGACCCCGGCUUCCCCCAGGACCAGAUGUCCUGGCUGGACCACGCCGACGGCCUGCUCCGCCCUGAGGAGUACGAGGCGGCCUACAGCAUGGAGGACCUGGGCCUGGCGGAGGCGGACCCCAGCAUCCUGGAGUACCAGGCCCUCCCCACGGGGCCCCUCGCCACGGUGACCCUCCCCACGGGGCCCCUCGCCACGGUGACCCUCCCCACGGGGCCCCCCCCGGUCAACGGGGAGCCCGACAGCGCCCCGGCCUCCGACGACGUCAAGCAGCAGCUGAGGUGCCUGCUGGAGUCCUGUCUGACCCGGGAGUACCUGGCCAACGACCUGUACCUGGUGUCCCAGAUGGACAGCGACCAGUACCUGCCCAUCAGCACGCUGGCCAGCCUGGACCUCAUCAAGACCGUCACCACCGACCAGAGCCUCAUCGAGGAGACCCUGAAAUCCCUGCCCCAGGUGCAGUUGGCCCCCUGUGGUCAGAAGGUCCGCCCCAGCCAGUGUCGCUGCGUGGUCAUCCUGCGCGAGAUCCCCGACACCACCUCCCCCGAGGAGGUGGAGGCCCUGUUCGCUGGGGCCGACCAGCCCAAGUUCCUGAGCUGUGAGUUUGUGAGGAACGACAACUGGUUCAUCACCUUCCAGACGGAGGCCGAGGCCCAGCAGGCGUACAAGUACCUGCGCGAGGAGGUCAAGGUGUUCAAGGGGAAGCCCAUCAUGGCCAGGAUCAAGGCCAAGACCAUGGCGGUCACGUCCUACGCGCCCAAGAACGGCUACCGGCCCGCCGACGCCGCCUCGGCCAAUCAGCAGGCCUUCGCCGGCUUCUACAGCCCGCAGCCCGCCUCCGCCCCGGGACAGCUGCCCGUCACGCAGCUCUACGACCUGACCAAUCAGGCGUGGGCCACGGCCAUGACGGGCUACCAGGACGCCAGCCUGCAGAUGGCGCCACUGAUCAACAACUUCCUCGACGGCUUCCCGGUCUCUCCCAACUUCAAACACCACAACCCAUACAGACAGAGGGGUGGCCGGAGGCGGGGCUCCGACGAGCGGGGGCCCGGCCAGCCGACAGACUCCGCCUACUCGGAGAGGGGGCCAAUGGGACGAGGCGCCCGCAGACAGGGAAGGGGCGGGGCCCGCCGCGGGCGCAGCGAGGGCGGCCGGCCCGACGACCCCCCCAACGGAGACCGCGGACGGAGAGGGAACUACGGCCAGAGCCGGAGGGAAGAGCGUCGCGCGGGGUACGGCAGGAAGGGCGCGGUGUCCUCGCCCGUUCCUCGACGCCCCUCCCCCAGCCUGGAGCUGGGGCCCACCAGCUUCCCCCCGCUGCCCUCCUCCUCCAACGCCGCCGCCGCCACCGCCUCGCCUGUCGCCGCCGGCAACAGCAAGGGUCCCUCAGUGAGGAACGACAGUCCCGGGGUAACCACGGCAACAACAACAGCAGAGGAGGCGGAUCCCCCGCCCACCUCGGACCCGACCCCGGAGGCGACCCCCGCCCCGCCCAGCGUCUGGCAGGCCCCCCCCCACACGGAGGUGAAGGUUGAGGCUGUCAGGACGUCCCAACAGGCCAUGCCGUUGCUCUCCCAGUCUAAAUCGACGACUCCUCCCCAGGACAACGAAGCAAACAUGGAGCCGAAGAGGCUCAGCUACGCCCAGAUCUGCCAGAGGGCGCGGGCCAAUCAGUCGCUGCCGCCCUCGGACCCCGCCUCCUCGGGGGAGGAGAGCCCGACCACGCCCUCGCCGCCCCCCGCCCCGGCCCCGGCGUAUCCCGCCCUGGGGUCCGAGGCGGCGCUGUUGUCACGGUGACCAGGGAGGACGAUGUGGUAGAGGACGCCACACCACCACCGGCCACGCCCGACCCCGAGGGCACCCCUCCGGUCCACCGCUGCCCGGCCCGGGGGGGGGGGGGGGGUUGGGCUUCAGCUCAGGUUACGGUUUUGGGGGCGGGGUUAAGGAGAAGGGGUGGGGUUAUAGCUCAGGUUAGGGUUUGGGGGUGUGGGGUUAAGGAAGGGGGGGGCAGGGGUACUGGCUUAGAAGGGGGUCAAAGGUUAACGACUCCCCAUGUGUCUUUUCUGAUUGGUUGAAGAAUUAAAACGUGUGGGGAGGGGGGGGGGGGGGGGGUUCGACCUUCAUCAUUUUUGGGUUAUUUUUAUUUCCAGGUUUGUUGUUUUAGAGUGAUUCUUUAGGAGCCAGGUGUUUUUUCUGUUUCUGCCUCUGUUGCGAGAUGCCCUGGCGUUUUCCCGAGUGCAUAUUGAGUUUCCUUCCGUGUCGGACGGUUAGUCGACGCCAAGUCGAGUCCGAAGAUAAUAAUAAUAUUUCUUUUUUUUAUUAUCUAUAUAUUUCCGUUCCUCCGAAAAGUGUUUUCAGUCCUCGUGGUCAUGUCAAUCACUGGCGUUGCCUAGCGACUCGAGCCUAGGGCCCCCCGGCCUCCAGGCGUGUUGGACCCCGGAGCGGCGACACACCUGUGCGGGCCUCGCCACCCCCCCCCCCCCCCCCCCCCCCCCCCCCCCCCCAGUGAGCAGCGCCUGUACAUCGACCCGGGCGUUUCUUCGUAGCUAACUUGUUUUUCGUUUUUUUUCUCAUUUAGUUUUAACGUUCGUAAAUAUGUUGACACCCGUGUGUUAAAGCAAGCCUCGUUUGUGUGUGUGUGUGUGUGUGUGUGUGUGUGUGUGUGUGUGAGACGGCUUUGGUACCCAUUUUGUUUUCGAGGUGCAGAGACGCACGUGCCUACCUGUGACCUUCACAGGGAGAGGAGUUCCACUGUGACCUUCACAGGGAGAGGAGGUCCACCGUGACUUUUAAUUGAACUUUGAAGAAACCCCGAGUGUUCACCGGUCGUUAGGGGAAGACUAGCUCUGCCUCGCUGUGGAAUAAGGGGUGGAGUCACAGUGGGGUAGUGUGUGUGUGUUCCUUUAAGGGGCGGGGUUAUGGACAGGUGGGUGUGUUCUUGGGGGAGGGGCUGCUCAAAGUUAUUGAAUGUACACGAGUACUUGAAGUUUGAAGGAUUUCCCUUUCAAUUUUUUUUCAAGUUUGUUUUCAUUGUUAUUAUUGUUUUUGUUUAAAAGCAAGAAUGUUCCGUUUUUAAAUGUGAAGAUGGCACUUCAAAAAAGAGCAGGCAUGGUUAAGGUUAAACCUUUUUUGUUGUACAAAUGUAAAUUAUUUGAAGAAAAAAAUAAAUGUGCCUUUUGAAGUUUA